CGAAGUGAGCAGAUUUAUUUUGCGCUCGAAAAAUCCAGAUGAAGAGGUCCAAGCUCAGAUUACUCACGUGACACUAAGUUUAACGCUAAUCUAAGUUUGAUGGGAUCGACAAGACCAUGUCGCCGAAAACACGAAAUCUACUAUAAGCCAGCUUCCGUCCUUUCGCAGCUGCUCGUGAAUACAGUAAUUGUGAAUCUUCAAAGUUCCCUUUGUCUUCAAUAUUCAUUUUCGAUAUACUUUUACUUUCAAUAUAUCUAUCGUUUAAUCAACAUAAUGGUAGGAAAAAAGAAGCGCGGUCAUCCCGAUAUCGAGGAGUUACUGGCUCGUCCUUGGUGUUAUUACUGUAAGUCCCGCCACCUCAAUUCCCAUCGUCCCGCAUUCACGUUUCUAACAAUUUCCAUCUCGCAGGUGAGCGCGAUUUCGAUGAUUUGAAAAUUCUCAUCUCUCAUCAAAAGGCGAAACAUUUCAAAUGCGAAAGAUGUGGUCGACGAUUGAACACUGCUGGAGGUACAUCAGAAUCUACUUCCUUACCUCGUUUACUCAAGCUAAUUAAAACCCCGCAGGACUCUCCGUUCAUAUGAACCAAGUACAUAAAGAAACUCUGGCAAGUGUCGACAAUUCUCUUCCGAAUAGACAGGGUCUCGAGGUCGAAAUCUUUGGUAUGGAAGGUAUUCCGGAAGAUGUGGUUCAAGCACAUAAUCAGCGCAUAAUUGCAGGUUUCUAUCAAGCGGAACAAGAUCGUCGUGCCGCUACUGGAAACCCUGCUCCAGGGACCGCCAAUGCCAAUGGUGGUCAGUCGAAAAAGCCCAAGGUUGAGUCAUCGGCAGAAUUGAAGAAAAGGUUAGCAGAGCACAAAGCUCGGAAAGCCGAACAAGCAGCGAAUGGUAGUAGUGGCGCAAAUACACCUUUAGAUGGUGGUAUUCACAGUGCUGCAAGUCCUUUGCCGACGACGCAAAGCCCUAGUGCAUUCGUAAGUCUAUACUGUCAUUCCAGUGAGACCAAUACUAAUCUCUUGAAUAGAAUAACUCGCCAUUCCCUACUCCUCAGAAUUCUUAUGGUGCUACACAAGGUGCGGGUUAUGGAUCAUUUUCUCAAGAACCGUACAGUCAACCUGCGGCAGCUUACCAACAGCCAUAUAAGCAGCAGCCGCCAUUUUCCGGACCUCCUGGUCCACCUUUUCAACCUCAAUUCUCCCCUACACAAUAUACACCUAAUGUUUAUCAGCCGUCCCCAUUCGGCGCAGGUUCCCCUCCUCCUGGGCCCUUCAACGGGUAUCAACCGCCACCGUCUCACACUCCACCUACACAUGGUGGUCUCCCUAACCGACCCCCAAGUCUACCAGCAGCACCUGGUCUACCUCAAAGGCCAUCCUUUGGUGCACCCCCAGUUCCAUCAUAUCAAAUGCAACAGAUUCAUCAGAAAGGUGGAUGGAAUGGUAAUGGAUGGAAUGGACAAGAUCAAAAUUCAGCUAUGUCAUCAGCUUAUCCUCAUCCUCCAGGCCUUAAUGUGGAACAUUCGACUAACGCAUCUACUGUGGAUGACCUUGUUUCAGGCGCUGCCAGAGAUGCUGAUGAUGACAUUGACAAGAUAAUCAGAAUGGCAGAGGCAGGUAUUAAACCACCGAAGAGAGACUCAGUCGAUCCAUCUAAAACCGAAACAUCAGAAGCAGCCGCUGCUCCUGAAAGUGCCGACAAAUCAGAGCAGAAAUCAGAAGGAAAGACCGACGUCGCCGAGAAGAAGUCCAAGAAAGAUAAGCCGAUGAAGAUGAUAUACUCAGAUAAUGAUGUCAGUCCGGAGGAGAAGAUGGCCAAGAUGCCCAGGUACGCAUUUGUCCCAGAUGGAAAGAAUGAAACAUCCCUUGAGGAAUCUGUUGCUGCCGUUACUGUCAACAAUUGAUAUAUUGGAUGAUAUUUCGAGGACCUUUCGCAGAUUUUCUCUCAAAAUCACUCCCAAAGCACACUUCGUGGAUCUCGUUCCACCUCCGAGGUCUCGAAUAUUCCGACCCACUGCGGUUACAGGCAACAAAUUUGACGGGCAGGAUUGGUGCUGAAAACAGCUAAGUUUUUCGGGAACAUGUUUGUUUGACUUGACGUUAUCUGAAAAGCACGCAUUCUGACUCUAGUGUCUACGAUGAGGUCUUUGGAGUUUACAUGCAUGAUAUUGGUAGGUUUCGCCAAUGAUGGUUUUUGGCAUUACAAUUUAGAAAAGAAAACACUGCGGAUGAGAAUACUUUUUUGUGGAGGUCGCAGAAUGAAAGAGGAGGCUUGCUUGUAAGUACUUCAAGGUUGGCGAUCUCUACAUCAUCACUUUCUAUAAUUUCAAAACAACUCUUUCGUAUUUAAUCGCCGCUUCGUAAUUUUCGUGAAUUGUUAUGUUUUGUUUGCAAGU